CGUUGGUGUACUUUUAUGGGAGAUUUCAAGUGGUACCAUUCCAUAUGAAUCUGAGAUACCAAUAGGUUUUAAUUUAUUAAAUGCAAUCAUUUAUGGAAAGCGAGAAACUACUGUUAAAGGAACGCCUCAAAAAUACGUAGAGAUUUAUAAAGAAUGCUGGAAGCAUGAUAUUGAAGAACGCCCGACCAUUCAACAUGUUGCUAGAGAAUUGGCCAAAAUAGUUAUUAUUGAGAAAUCAAAAAAAAAAUUUCAAGAAGUCAUUCAUCCUACACUCAAUAAUAUCAAUAAAAAUUCAGUAUUUCUCCACGAUUUAUUGCAAUUAUUUAUAGACAAAUCCAACACUACUGAUGAUUCAGUUCAUAUAGUUAACCUUUUAAAUAAUUUCAUUGACAAAAAUAAUAAAGACCAAACAGAAAUUAUUAAUCAAUUGAUUUAUUAUCAAGAAGACUAUUACUUCAACUGCAUGGUUGGAUUUUUUUAUGAAUAUGGAAUUGGAGUACCUAUUGAUUAUAACAUCGCAUUUGACAUGUAUAGUAUGUCUUCUCGAGAAAAUAUUGAUUAUAUUAAUUUGGAUAAUUUAGAUAAUUUGACUUUGGUUGAUAAAUAUAGAUUAAAUAAUUGUUUACUGGGUAAAAUUUCAUUAGCAAAUUUUUACCUAAAUGGAAAAGGUGUUGAAAAGAAUGAAACUAUGGCUUUAAAUUUAUUUUUAGAAUCUACUAAACAAAAAUCAGGAUUAGGUCAAUAUUUUGUUGGUAGAUGUUAUGAAAAUGGGUAUUCAGUCGAUCAAUGUGAAAAUAAAGCGUUAGAAUGGUAUAAUAAAUCUGCUGAAAGUGGAAAUCCUAUUGGACAAUACAUGGUAGAAAAGGAUGAAAAAAGGGGGUUUGAAUUAAUUUUAGAGGCGGUCGAAGAAGGAAAUAGCUUGGCAAAAUAUAACCUUGGGCACUGUUAUGAGCAUGGCAAAGGAACAGAUAAAGAAAUAAAUUUAAAUUAUGCAUUAGAAUGGUAUCAAAAAUCCGCUAGAAAUAGUUGUCCACAGGGACAAUAUCAAUUAGCAUAUUUUUAUCAUCAUGGUAAAGUGGUUAUGCAAGAUUUCAGUCAAGCUGCUGAUUGGUAUUUAAAGGCUGCUGAAAGAGGACAUUAUUAUAGUCAAUAUCAAAUUGGAUGCUUUUAUAAAGAUGGAAUAGGUGUUGAUAAAAACAUAAGAAAUGCUAUUCGUUGGUUUGAAAAGGCUAAGGACAAUAAUGACGGCAGCAGUCAAUUUUUAGAUAAACUAAUUAAAAGUUUAAAGAAAUUAUAA